CUGAACGAACGGUAUCAUCUGAUCCAUACUAUAUAUAUACACACAUAUAAUACACUCAAUUCACAUAUCAACUUCUUUGACACCAUCUUCUCCCGAGAUCAUUAUAUUAUAAACCUUAAAUUUUGUGAGAAACCCAUUUUCAAAUUUCGGAUUCUGAUUCAGUUAACGCCUUUAUCUCGGUCAUUUUUUUUUUCUCAAAAGGUAGUUUUUAUAUUUUGUUAUUUUAGAUUGAAGAAGUCUGGUUUUCUUAUUUUCAUUUUUCGGCAAAAAUGGUGGUGAAGAUGAUGAAAUGGCCGCCAUGGCCACCGCUCUUUUGGUCCAAGAAAUUUGAAGUAGUGGUGUCGUUUCGCCGGAUUGAAGGUCUUGAUUUGGUGAAGUUGGAUGGGGAAGAGAAAAGGGUCUUCGUUGAGGUUCAGUGGAAGGGUCCAAAGGGUAUGGCUUUGGGGUCUCUGAGGCGCUCAACGAAGAAGAAUUUGAGCAAAGAAGGCUCUGUUAGCGACAAUGGAGUCGUGGAAUUUGAUGAGGAGUUUCGGACUGUCUGUAACUUUUCGGGUCCUAAAGAGGGUGUGUUUUAUCCAUGGGAGCUCUCCUUUAAUCUCUUUAACGGUGUGAACCAAGGAUUGAAAAACAGGGCCCCUGUUUUUGGAACUUCAUCACUGAACCUUGCAGAUUAUGCUUCUACUACCGAGGGAAAGGAGUUUGGGCUCAAAAUACCUCUUAAUGUCCCUGGUUGUUCUUCUGAGUCUAGUCCCACAAUGCAGCUAUCUCUUAUCCUACUAGAACUAGGAACUGCUCAAGAGCAUUCCGGGGCAGCGCAAGGACCAACAUCACCUCUUCCUAUGUCUCCCCGUUCUUUGGAAGUUUUCACAACAGCAAGAGAUGAGUUCUCUGCACUCAAGGCAGGUCUGCGAAAGGUGAAAACUUUUAAAGAAUAUGUGUCGGCUGGAAAAGCCAAAAAGACGCGCCGUGAAGAAGAUGGGAGUGAUGGCAGGAGCUCUAUUAGAAGUGAAGAUACUGCUAGCCAUUCUCCAUUUGACACAGAUUCGUUUGAUGAUGAUGCUGGUGGAGAAACAGAGGAGAGCGAGGAUUUUGGUGUCAGGCAGUCAGUCAGUUAUGAAACUUUGGCGCUUGCAAACUGUGCUCAAGGAUCAUUUUACUCCAAUUCUAAUGUCAAUGGUGAAGACGAGUGUUUAAUUUACUUCAGUAAUCGUAAGCCUGAUACCUUUCGCUCAAGUAUUGAAAACUCUAGUGCGACAGUCUCUGAACAGAUAUCACAGGGGAGUUCAAAGCGUAGAAUCCUGCCUUGGAAGAAGAGGAAAAUGAACCUUAGCAAAUCUCCUAAAGCCAAGGGAGAGCCGCUUUUGAAAAAGCAUUAUGGAGAAGAGGGCGGGGAUGAUAUUGAUUUUGAUCGCAGGCAGCUUAGCUCCUCUGAUGAAUCCAGUUUAGGGUGGCACAGAACAGAAGGUGGUUCUACAACUAAUCGAUCAUCAUUUUCUGAAUUUGGGGAGGAUAGUUUUGCUGUGGGCAGUUGGGAGAACAAGGAAGUAACUAGUCGUGAUGGGCUAAUGAAGCUCCAGACCCAAGUAUUUUUUGCUUCAAUUGAUCAAAGAAGUGAACGUGCUGCAGGAGAGAGUGCAUGUACAGCCCUGGUUGCUGUCAUUGCUGAUUGGUUGCAGUCCAACCAAGAUGAAAUGCCCAUUAAGUCUGAUUUCAAUAGCUUGAUUAGAGAUGGAUCAUCAGAAUGGAGAAAUCUUUGUGAGAACAAGGACUACAUUGAACGGUUCCCAGACAGACACUUUGAUCUCGAGACAGUCCUGCAAGCUAAAGUUCGGCCUCUCACUGUUGUUCCAGAGAAAUCAUUUAUUGGUUUCUUCCAUCCUGAAGGACUUGAAGAAGGGGAACUUGACUUCCUUAAUGGUGUUAUGUCCUUUGAUAGCAUGUGGGACGAGAUCAGUCGCUUGGCAUCAGACUUACCAUGCAAUGGUGAGUCUUCCAGCAUCUAUAUCAUAAGCUGGAAUGACCAUUUCUUUGUCCUAAAGGUAGAGCAUGACACUUACUACAUAAUCGACACUUUGGGUGAGAGGCUUUUUGAGGGGUGUAAUCAGGCUUAUGUUCUGAAAUUUGAUAAAGACACAACCAUCCAAAGACUACCUCAAGAGAAGAAACAAUUAGAUGGAAAACCUGGCAGCUUUAAGGGACACUCAAAAAACUCCAAGGAACCUAAAGUUGAAAAGAGUCAGCCGGAGAGAAUGAAUGAGAUGGGGAAUGACAAUAAAGAAGUUGAAGUUGUAUGCAGAGGCAAAGAAUCAUGUAAGGAGUAUAUCAAGAGCUUCUUGGCUGCCAUCCCAAUAAGGGAAUUGCAGGUUGAUCUCAAGAAGGGUUUAAUGGCAUCGACACCGAUUCAUCACCGGUUACAGAUUGAAUUUCACUACACUAAGUUACAACAGGCCACAGCUGCUGAAUCUUCCGCCAAUGAAGUCACAGCUCCAACAAUACCAAUGGCAAUGGUUGUUGCAUAGGAGGUGGGUUGACCCUUUAACUUAUCGAGAAUAACUCUGCAUUCCUAAUUCAUUUGUUUGUCUGUUUGUCCUGCUGUCUUUGAGGCAAACGGGUCAAAAGUGAGAAGCUUAUUUUUGAGCAAGUGUACAGGGGCUUCCCCACUUCUGUUUGUAAGAAUGGGAAGAAGCGUAAGUAAGCCUUUCUUUUUUAAGUUUAGGUAAAUAGGGUAGUUUUGUGUUUGUACUUCGUUCUCUUUGGAAUUUACCAUCUCUAAUGUGGGAUGAUAACUUAAAUUAAAAGAUUUUCAGAUCA